CGGCAGAGGGCGCCGAGCGGGGCUGCGGCGGCUGCGGCUCCGCCUCCGGCGGCGAGCGGCGGCGCGGGGACGGCAGCGCGGCCGGGCCGAGGCGCCCGCGGCUCUCAGGUUAUGCUAUGACUGGCUUCAGGCUCCCCAUCAGCACUUUCAGAAAACUAAAUGUCUGGUUCGGACUGUGGGAGAAAUUUCCCUCAAAUAAACUUUAUCCCACUUGGAGGAGAAGCUUAUUCUGUAGCUGUCAAGCAAGCACAGUAAACUACAGAAGAUGUUUUAGUUUUUCCCCAGUCAGACUCAGUGGACUAAGACUCUCUCCAGAGUAUAUCUCAGUACUUUCUCUGCGGAGCAAAAGCAGCAAAAGCUCUAAAAGGAGCAGACAAAGCGUACAAGAAGAGGAGGAAGAAGAGGAUGAAGAUGAAAGUAUUUUGGAAGAUGAAUUUGAAAAUGACCCCAACGUAAUAAAAGAUUACAAGGAUCUUGAAAAAGUAGUGCAGUCUCUUCGAUAUGACGUGAUAUUGAAAGCUGGUCUGGACAUGGCAAGAAAUAAAGUAGAAGAUGCAUUCUACAAUAAUGAACUCAGGCUGAAUGGAGAAAAACUAUGGAAGAAAAGUAGAACUGUGAAACUUGGUGACACACUGGAUCUCAUAAUAGGUGAAGAUAAAGAAACAGGAGCUGCUGUAGUUAUGCGGGUAGUCUUAAAAAAAUUAUCUGACAAAACUGAAAGUGAAAAAUACAAAGUCAUUUUGAGACGUUGGAAAAACUUAAAAGUGCCCAAACAGGAUGUGCUUAAGUAAAAAGGGGUUGCAUGGGGCAGCAUAAGAUUUUUGCAGAAAAACAUAUUUUUGUGUUAAAUAUGAAUUUUGGUUGAACAAAAUUACAGUACCCUUUUUUAAGGGCUUAUGUCAGAAUGUUAUCUCGCUCUGCUGCGUACAUCAAUAAUCAUGCAAUAAGGCCUGUCACUUUCUGCUGGUAGCUUUGUUUUGUGGUACUGUAAGUUAAAAGAUCCAACACCUGUAUUUCCAGGAAGUUUCUUAUAAAUAAUGAACCAAUAAAGACUGAUCUGAUCACUAUUUAAUUGCUAAUUUUGUUAAUCAGAAAAGUUACAUUAAAGCUGACAUCAUGUUAAACAGAA